CCGCGCUCUGUCUCUAUGCUCCCCCCGCGCCUGGUCUAUUUAUUGUCGCGGGGACGAAGCGGCCGCCCAGUACCCGGAACAACAAAGCACGAAAGACGGAGCCCGAGCCUCGGGGGCUCCUAGCAACGGGCCGGGGCGGGAGUUCCAUGGAGACUGGGGAGCGCGCCCGCCUCAUCAUCAUCCUUGUCCUCCAGCUUAUCCUUCGCGUCCGACGUAACCGGCAGCACUGCUGCCGCCGCGUUCUCUGCCGCCGCCCCCUCUUCCCACGGAUGUGAUCUUCGUGGUGGGAAGCUAAGUUUUUAAACUACCCCAAUGGAUGCAGACAGUGAUGUUGCAUUGGACAUUCUAAUUACAAAUGUAGUCUGUGUUUUUAGAACAAGAUGCCAUUUGAACUUAAGGAAGAUUGCUUUGGAGGGAGCAAAUGUAAUUUAUAAGCGUGAUGUUGGAAAAGUAUUAAUGAAGCUUAGAAAACCUAGAAUUACAGCUACAAUUUGGUCCUCAGGAAAAAUUAUUUGCACUGGAGCAACAAGUGAAGAAGAAGCUAAAUUUGGUGCCAGACGUUUAGCCCGCAGUCUGCAGAAACUAGGUUUUCAGGUAAUAUUUACAGAUUUUAAGGUCGUUAACGUUUUGGCAGUGUGUAACAUGCCAUUUGAAAUCCGUUUGCCAGAAUUCACAAAGAACAAUAGACCUCAUGCCAGUUACGAACCUGAACUUCAUCCUGCUGUGUGCUAUCGGAUAAAAUCUCUAAGAGCUACAUUACAGAUUUUUUCAACAGGAAGUAUCACAGUAACAGGGCCCAACGUAAAGGCUGUUGCUACCGCUGUGGAGCAGAUUUACCCGUUUGUGUUUGAAAGCAGGAAAGAAAUUUUAUAAUUCAUCACGUAAUUGGUUAGAAUCCCUAACUGAGCACCUUUUAAAACCUGCUGCACAUUGGACUCAAAACAAAAGGAAAACUGGACCAACAGUAAUUGAGGAAAUAGACUCUUUUAUUCAUUCACAGCUACAGUGUAAGCUCCAGGCCCUUUGGAUUUUAUUUCAAACCUUGCUGUAAUAUAAAAAGGAAGUUUACAAGACAUGACAUUGCUGCUUUUACAAAAGGACAUUCUAUUUAUUUUCGCAGUAAUUCUCAUGUCCCCGUAAGCAGAGCUGUCACAGUGUGCACUACCUUAAAUUGUUUUGUUAUUGUCAUUAUUUCUUCCCAGUUUGAGCUAAUGUGUUUUAUUUGUGAAUAGUCUUUUACAUUUUUGUAUGCUGAAUAUGGGCACCAAAGAACCUGUAAAAGUUAUCUUUUUCAAUUGAAUGUGCACAAAUAAAAGUUUGGAAAAGAUCUCUCUUCA